AUGGAUCCAUAUGGCGGCAGUGACUCAUCUGGUGCAGUUAGUACGUCGUAUAAUCGUGUGAGCAUAGUAAUUCAACGAAUGUUGGAUCGUGCCACUCCGUUUAUAGCAUUACGAUGGCUAUUUAAUUUAUUUUUAUUAGUAUUAUUUGCACUGCGUAUAUUUUUUAUUCAUGGAUUUUAUAUAAUCGCUUAUGGCCUUGGAAUAUUUUUAUUAAAUCAAUUUAUUUUAUUUUUAACACCAAAACAAGAUCCAUCUUUGAGUAGUUUAGACAAUGAUGAUGAUCAUGCGCCAACUUUACCAACACGUGCUAACGAAGAAUUUCGUCCAUUUAUGAGACGACUACCGGAAUUUAAAUUUUGGAAUACAACAUUGAAAGCUUUAAUUAUCAGUUUAUUAACAACCUUAUUUGAUAUAUUUGAUGUGCCAGUAUUUUGGCCAGUAUUAGUGAUUUAUUUUUUCACUUUAUUUUUUUUAACAAUGAGACAAAGAAUUGCUCAUAUGAUUCAAUUUCGUUAUGUACCAUUCUCCUACGGAAAAGUACGUUAUCAAGGAAAAAAUGAUUUAAUAAAAUCAACAGGAAACGUGAUUAAAGAAAUGGGUAUUCACAAUUUAGCUAAACUAAUUGCUGAUCAAUGCCCGCAAGCCAUAAAAGAAGGUGAAAUGAAAACUUAUUUUGGUCGUAAAAUUGCUAUCGAUGCUUCCAUGAGUAUCUAUCAGUUUUUAAUUGCUGUACGACAAGAUGGUCAAAAUUUAACAAAUGAAAAUGGUGAAACAACAAGCCAUUUAAUGGGCAUGUUUUACCGUACAAUACGUAUGGUUGAAAAUGGUCUUAAACCUGUUUUUGUAUUUGAUGGAAAACCGCCACAAAUGAAAUCGCAAGAAUUACAAAAACGACAAGAAAAACGUUCAGAAGCUGAAUCAGAAGUGGCAAAAGCAGCUGAAGCCGGUGAUGAGGAGGCAUUUGAUAAAUUUUCUCGUCGUACAGUCAAGGUAACUCGUGAACAUAAUGAAGAAUGUAAAAGAUUAUUAAAAUUAAUGGGUAUACCGUAUGUCGAUGCACCCACAGAAGCAGAAGCACAAUGUGCAGCUUUAUGUAAAGCUGGAAAAGUUUAUGCUGUUGGUACAGAAGAUAUGGAUGCAUUAACAUUUGGUGCUAAUGUACUUGUUCGACAUUUGACAUUCAGUGAAGCAAGAAAAAUGCCUAUACGUGAAUAUUCAUUGGCCAAAGUAUUACAAGGUCUAGAUUUAUCAACAGAUGAGUUUGUUGAUUUAUGUAUAUUACUUGGCUGUGAUUAUUGUGAUUCAAUUAAAGGGAUUGGUCAGAAACGUGCUUUAGAGUUAGUUAAACAAUAUCGUACAAUUGAAACAGUUCUUAAACAUAUCGAUAAAAAAAAACAUCCAAUUCCAGAAGAAUGGCCAUUCGAAGAAGCACGCCAAUUAUUCAAAACACCAGAUGUUAUUGAUGGCAAUACUGUUGAUCUCAAAUGGGAUGAACCUGAUGAAGCUGGUCUUAUCGAAUAUAUGGUCAAAGAUAAAGGAUUUAAUAAAGAGAAUUAA